GAAGACAUUCUUUUUGACACGAAUUCAAGAACCAGUGUCAGUACAAAUCGCUCCAGAACAGUUUUGCAUGAACUGUUUGCCUUUUUAUCGUAUUGGCAUUACUGUUAUGUUAUAUUAUUAGUGAAGUAAACCUUGGACCCUAUUUUUUUUUAUAUAGACUUUAGAACAAGGUCCGUCCAUGUGUCAACAAAAGUUCAUUUGAAAUAAAUUGCGGCCAAAUAGGUUAAAAUGGUGAAGAAAAUAGCCGUGAUUGGCUCAGGUGCCAGUGGACUAACGGCUAUUAAAUGCUGUUUAGACGAAAAGUUAGAACCGGUAUGUUUUGAAAGAACGGACAAUAUUGGUGGUUUGUGGCGUUACACCAAGGAAGUCAGAGAUGGUCAGUCAUGCGUUAUGAGAAGUACUGUUAUCAACACCAGUAAGGAAAUGAUGUGUUAUAGUGACUACCCUAUACCUAAAGAAUACCCGAUCUUUAUGCAUAACACACAGGUUUGGGAAUACUUCAAACAAUAUGCAAAUGAGUUCAAUUUAUGCAAAUAUAUACGAUUUGAAACAGAAGUAGUCAGUGUAAAAAGAUCUGCCGACUUUGAUGAAACAGGUAGAUGGGAUAUACAGGUGAAAGACUUAAAUACAGGAGAAACACAAAACUUAGUUUUUGAUGGUGUUUUGGUUUGUACGGGACACCAUGCUGUCAAAAAUGAACCCAAAUUUUCUGGUUUGGAUGAAUUUGAAGGUAAAGUUUUACAUUCACAUGAUUAUCGAAACUUUCAUGGUUAUGAAGAUAAAAGAGUUAUGGUAGUAGGCAUUGGUAAUUCUGGAGGUGAUGCUGCUGUAGAACUGAGUCGUAUUGCUUCUCAGGUUUUCCUCAGUACAAGACGAGGAUGCUGGGUAAUUAAUAGAAUAUCUGAUAAUGGCCUUCCAAUUGAUAUGAGUAAAACAAACCGCUUAACUGCAUUAAUUGUGAAAAUGUUGCCAUUGUCGAUAAUAAAUGGCAUCACAGCUGGAAUAUUAAACAAACGAUUUGAUCACGCUACUUAUUCUCUAAAACCAGAACACCCACCGUUCGCCCAGCACCCAACUGUAAACGAUGAUUUACCAAACAGAAUCAUCUGUGGAUCUGUGAAAGUUAAAACUGACAUCAAAAGAUUCACCAAACAUGGUGCAGAAUUCAUUGAUGGUACGAAAGAAGAUGACAUAGACAUUGUCAUGUUGGCAACUGGUUAUAAAUUUGGUUUUCCAUUUCUGGAGAGGUCUGUGGUUGAUGUGAAAAACAACAGAGUACAGUUGUUUAAGUAUAUGUUUCCACCAGAUUUAAAGAAACAGACUAUAGCUAUUAUUGGCUGUAUACAACCUCUUGGUGCCAUCAUGCCAAUAUCAGAACUACAAUGUCGUCUUGCUACAAGGGUCUUCAAGGGUGAUGUACAGCUACCCUCUAAAGAAGAUAUGUGGAAGGAUGUUAGAGGUAAAGAAAUUCGUAUGAUGCAAAGAUACUUCCAAUCACCACGGCACACUAUUCAAGUUGAUUAUUGCGCCUUUAUGGAUGAACUAGCCGAUUUAAAUGGAUGCAGAAUUGAUUUCAAAAAGUUAUUCAAGAGUGAUCCUAAACUGGCGUUAACAUGUUUCUUUGGGCCUACUACACCAUACCAAUACAGAUUGUUUGGUCCAGGAAAAUGGCCGGAAGCAAAGGAAGCCAUCUAUACAGCCUGGGAGAGGACAUUUUAUCCGUUAAAGACUCGACCAGUAAAAGUGGAACAGAAAUCGUCCUUGAUCUUCUAUGUUAUAUUAGCUGUUAUUGUGUUGAUACUGGCUUAUAUCAUUUUAUAAAUGAUAUGAAGUCCUUUGAUCAGACCCGUAGACAAUGAGGGUUGGGGAGGUAGGGGAUAUAAGCACCCUUAAAUCAAAAUUGUCUUAAAAAAAUUGGUUCUUAUAUUAGGCUACCGGUAAUUUCUUUAACCCAAGACAGGGAAAGCCAAAUUUUAAUAAGUGUGCUCUAUUCCAGAAUUUUUUCUAAUAUUGUUAUUGUUUGUAGGGGAUUCAAAAUGCCAUACACAUGUUUAUGAAAAUCAGCAGAUUUAAAUUAGAUUUAUACUUCAAGUAAAAACAGUCCAUUUUGGUCAAAGGACCUUUUCCUACUCAGUGGAAAUAAAAAAAACUCUCCAAAUAUUGUUGUGGUUAGAUCCAGACUUAAAACUUUUUUGUUAAAGAAAACAUUCACUUAAUGGCAGUUGUGAUCGAUUUUGGACUGUGCUUUGCGCAAUAUAUAUAUAUAUAUAUAUAUAUAUAUAUAUAUAGAGAGAGAGAGAGAGAGAGAGAUCCACUUGACAGAAACUUGGUCAUUUCGGGACUAACAUAUGGUUUUAAUUUUAUUUCAAUAAUUUGCUUGCGCGUAGGGGUCUUUAGCAGUGGGAGGAAACCGGAGGACCCCGGAGAAAACCCAGGAGGUUGGACAGGCGACCCUACUCCUUGUCAUGUACAACUGGGGAUUUGAAACCACGCCAGUUGACUUAAUGACAGGCCUUAUGAUACAGCGCAAUACAAAUAGACUAAUAUUAUUAUUAAUAUUAUAAGUACAUUCUGAUUUUCCCAUAUAAUUUUGUAAUAACUCAGUCUUGGAAUAUUCUGCUAUCCAUUGUUGUUUUGUCUUUGUUAUGGUAAAAAUAAAUUAUAUUUGUUUAAUAGUUAAAGAGCUAAAUCUGCUUAUUGCAGGUAUUUCUUUUGGAUUCAAAUAUUAUUUAAAUUAUUAUUUAUACAUACAUUCACAUGACAAGACCAUAAUCAAGACCUUGUGAUUUUUAAUGGACUGACAUAAGAUCUUCAUUUAAUAAUUUAAUUUAAAAAUGGAUAAUCAAGAUUUUGUUUAUUAUCGUAACAAUAGUAGUAAUGAAAAUCAAGACUACACUAUUCAUCAAACAGUCAUAACUUCGCUAAGAAUUAAGUAAUUUUCACUAUAUUAAUUUUUCAUUAUCUGUUUUUGAACUAUUAUAGCCAAAACAGCCAGUGCCCGAUUUCAUAAACCAUUCUCAAGACUUGAGUUAAGAACUUAUUCAACUUUCAGUCACUGUUUAUGAGAAAUAGCCUAUCUUUGAUUCAAAAACUCAAAACUUUGCGCAUAGUUUCUUAUUGAUACAUUAAAACAACAAAAGUUUUAUAAAGGGUUAUUUUUUAGUUAAAUUUUGAGUAAAUUCUUAACUUAAAUCUGAGAAUGUUUUGUGAAACCGGGCCCAGCUCUUUAUCUAAAUCUUACAAAACAUAUGCAUCAUGUUGGUAUUUAAUUUAUUUUCAUAUUUUUAACUUUGUGGUAUACCUCAAUAGCAAGUUUUAUACAAUUAUAAAUUUUUAUCUAUGUUUUUAUAUAACAGUAAUGUUAUUCUUUUCAUAAUUCUUGUGGUAUAAGUAUGUAGACUGUGAUUGUAUUUCUAUUUCCCAGGCAAUCAAUUCUUGUAUAUAUAAAGUCGUCACCCCUGGCUGUGUGAAAGUCUAUAUUUUCACAUUUCUUGUAAAUGCUAGAAGUGGUAGUGUAUUUUAAUGUAGUGUAUUAGACUGGGGCAAGCUGAGGAGCCAUGGUGGUUCAGUGUGUAGGACUUUGGCUCACUAGCCUGUGGGUCCCUUGUUCGAUCCCUGCGUGGGCCGAGAAAGUUCAUCGGGUUCCCUCUUGUUAGUGGUGUAGAACAGCGGGCUUGGCAAGGGACAGUGUAUAGUCAAUCGUAUGGGACAAAAAAGCAAGGUCCUGUGUACACAUUGGCAUGUAAAAGAACCCUUGACAGAUGGAAUUCAAAAUAAGAGUAGGCCAUAGCCCAGUUGGAGCAGAACAGUAGGACGUUUCAUUUCAUUUCUGGGGCAAUCUGGAAAAUAAGCAACAUAUUCAGGCUAAGUCUUGUCUUUUGUCCAGCACUGAUUUGUACGAAAAUCCGUGCAAACGAAGGUCGCCCAGGAUAAUGAGCCAACAUAUUACGCACUGAGGAACCAUGGCUCCACAAAGUUUAAAAUUGUUUUUCGGGGGCCCAUUCUUCAGGAAAUUUACUAAAAAAAAUGGAGAUUAUAAGGAAAAUAAAACAGUGAAUAGAUAUAGAA